GUCAUUCCUAAGAGCAACCCACUGCUUGAUUCAACAUCACCCCACCACCUCGGUAUCCCUCAGCAGCAACCACCACCAUGAGCUACAUCCUCACCCUCUCCUGCCCCGACCGCCCGGGCAUCGUGCACGCCGUGACCGCCUACCUGGUGCAACAAAACCUCAACAUCAUCGACAGCAGCCAAUAUGGCGACCCGACCAGCCAGCGCUUCUUCAUGCGCGUGCACUUCAAGGAUGAAUCCUCCCCUGCCAAGUCCCUCGACGACCUGCGCGCCGCCUUCCAGCCCACCGCCGAGUCCCUGACCAUGACCUUCCAGCUCGUCCCCGCCUCCUCCAAGCCACGCGUGCUGAUCAUGGUCUCCAAGAUCGGCCACUGUCUUAACGACCUCCUCUUCCGCGCCUCGACCGGCCAGCUCCCCAUCGAGAUCCCUCUGAUCGUCUCCAACCACCCCGAUUUCGCUACCCUGGCUGCUACCUACAACAUCCCCUUCUUGCAUCUCCCCGUCACCGCCGACACCAAGCCCCAGCAGGAGGGACGCAUCUUGGAGCUCAUCCGCGAACACAACAUCGAUCUGGUUGUUCUGGCCCGUUACAUGCAGGUUCUAUCGCCUACGCUGUGCGAGGCUAUGUCUGGAAAGAUUAUCAACAUCCACCACAGCUUCUUGCCCAGCUUCAAGGGUGCUAAGCCUUACCACCAGGCUUUCGACCGUGGUGUUAAGAUUGUCGGUGCUACCGCGCACUUUGUCACCAGUGAUUUGGAUGAGGGUCCGAUUAUUGAGCAGAAUGUUGUUCGCGUCAACCAUGCUAUGAGCCCCAAGGAGUUGACCCAUGCUGGUUCCAACGUUGAGAGCAAUGUCUUGGCUACGGCCGUGAAGUACUUCGCUGAGCGGAGAGUCCUGCUCAACGGACACAAGACUGUUGUCUUCAACUAGGUUAUAUUUUUGGCAGUAUGGUGGUAUAUAGAGGAUGGAAAAUAAUGUUGUUACUCUGACUGGACGGCGCUAGCGCUGACCUGAAUGUUAC